CGACCCUAUCAUCACGAGCUACUAUUCCCCUCGCAAGCAUCAUUUAUAAAACCUUGCACAUCAAACUCCCAUCUCCCGACACAUCUCGGUGAUAAUUUAGAUCUCCACAAAUAUCCAAAUCGUGCCAUUCGCCCAUCAUGAAUCACUUUCCCGAAGCUUGGGGUCGCCCCAGGGAUGAUGUUUACGGAGCAUACAACCCAUCAUAUCUUCAGACUACUGGCCCGAAGACCCACACUCAGUCACCUGCUGUGACUGGAACGUCGGUAGUGGCAGUCAAGUUUAACGGUGGAGUUGCCAUUGCUGCCGACAACUUAGCAUCUUAUGGGUCUCUUGCCCGUUUCACCGAUGUGAAACGUCUUCGCAAGUUUGGCGAUUCUGCCAUAAUCGGAUUCAGUGGUGAUGUUUCGGACAUGCAGUAUAUCGACCGUCUAUUGGAGUCCAUCGAUAUCAGAGAGAACUACUCUACCAACGGCAACACGUUGAACGCCAAAAACCUCCACACCUAUUUGUCCAAAGUCCUCUACAAACGUCGUUCUGAAUUCAACCCCCUCUGGAACCACAUCCUGGUGGCCGGGUUUGAUGAUGAUAAGAAACCAUUCCUUAGCUCCGCAGAUCUGCUAGGAACAACAUUCUCGGCUCCGCAUCUGGCAACCGGAUUUGGUGCCCAUCUUGCCAUCCCGAUCCUUCGUCGGCUCUUCCCAGAAGAAACACCCCUCGAGUCGAUCAGCAAGGAUGAGGCCGUGGCGGCGUUAAGGGAGUGUAUCAAGGUUCUCUGGUAUCGGGAUGCGCGGAGUCUGGACAAGUAUUCAUUGGCUGUAUUUACUGAGGCGGGAAUUGAAAUCCAGGAGGACCAGCAGGUUGAAUCUCAGAGCUGGGCAUUCGCAGAAGCCAUCAAGGGAUAUGGGGCUCAGGUUAACUAGGAUUUGGCAUUGGAACCAUGACUGUGCUACUUAACUAAUAGAACAAAUCCAAGAAAUCAUGUUUGCCGACACCGCUACUUAUUUGUAAGUCUUUGUAUAUCAAGACCAAGAUGAACAAACUCCUCAG